GAAAUUAUAAACCACAGAAAAAAGAGAGACACUUUCUUCGUAGAGAGAGAUACGGAUUGUCAGAUUCAUCCAAUUCUCCUCGAUCAGUCCAUCUCUCUCUGAGUUUCCGUCUCUGACAUCUUUGCCUUCAAAGUUCAAACUCUUUAUCAGCGAUGGGGUAUCUUCUACUGAUUAGGAGGUUGUCGCAUCUUCAUGUGUGAAUUGAUCGUCUGUUGGAGAAGGUCGGGCUUUAUUGUUGAAUCCCAGUUGGGUGUAUAGGUUCUAAAGGUGUAUAGUUGGUCAAGCCUGAUUCUUAUUCCGUUCAAUCCACAAAGAGCUUAGAAGUGUGUGAUACGGUGAUUUUUCUUAAAUUCUGAGUGGAUUGAGUAAUUUGAGCUGUUGUUCCUUCAUUAAAAUGGUCGAUUCAAUUGCCACUACAUCUUUUCUUGGGUAUCGGCCGUUCUGUCGAGGUACUUUUUCCAAGGAUGUAUCGUGCAAACGGAGAUCUGCGGAUAACUGUCGGUUUCGGGUUGUUGAAUUUCAUGGUAGAAGGAUUGUUGCUUCACCUACUUUGCCGAGAUUGAAAGCUGAUCCGUUGGCAAUUUCAUCAACUAAGGCCCUAGCAAUGGAGCUGACGAAAGAGGCAUCUUCAUAUCAAGAAGAUAGAAUUCCUAAGGAUUGGAAUUAUGAGAUUGAUACUGCCUUCGAUAGGAAACCUGGUUUGUGGCCACCCGAGAAUAAAGCCGACAACCGUUCACUACAGAAUCCCUUGCUUAGACAAGAAAGGAUGGGUUGUGGUUGGUUAGGUGCCAUAUUUGAAUGGGAAGGAGUUCUAAUUGAAGAUAAUCCUGAUCUUGAGAAGCAAGCCUGGCUUGCUCUUUCUCAAGAAGAAGGAAAAUCUCCUCCCCCAGCCUUCAUUCUUAGAAGAAUAGAAGGGAUGAAGAAUGAGCAGGCAAUAUCUGAAGUUCUGUGCUGGUCAAGAGACCCAGCACAGUUGAGAAGAAUGGCUGCUAGGAAAGAAGAAAUUUACCAAGCUUUACAAGGAGGAAUUUAUAGACUAAGAGCUGGGUCAAAAGAGUUUGUGAAUAUCUUGAUGCAUUACAAGAUACCUAUGGCAUUGGUUUCUACUCGCCCAAGAAAAACUCUUGAGACUGCAAUAGGAACAAUUGGUAUAGAAGGUUACUUUAAUGUGAUUGUAGCGGCAGAGGAUGUUCACAGAGGGAAGCCUGAUCCAGAGAUGUAUAUGUAUGCAGCACAGCUUCUUCAAUUUAUUCCCGAGCGAUGCAUUGUGUUUGGCAACUCAAAUCAGACAGUAGAGGCUGCCCAUGAUGCGAAGAUGAAGUGUGUUGCUGUUGCUAGCAAGCAUCCUGUCUACGAGCUUGGGGCUGCUGACUUGGUGGUGAGGCACUUAGAUGAGCUUUCAGUGGUUGAUUUGAAGAAUCUAGCAGAUAUUGAAUCUGCUGAAUUUGGGUCUGGAGAGCCGGAGCUUGAGCUGGAGGAAGAAGAAGAUGACACCCGCUCAUCAACCUUGGCAGCAGUUGAUGAUAGUUUCUGGUAACCUAAUAAAAUGUACAGUUCUCUGUUCUUCAUCUGAUUCUUGAUGAUAGCACUCCUAUAACGUUGUGUAUAAGUAGGGGAAAAAAAGAAAAAAAGAAUUGAUAAAAGAUAAAAGGUACGUGGUCUGCAUUGGGCUAUCGUAAUGUUGUCAUGUAUGUAUUUUCUGUACAAUAUAUAUCCAAACAUUCCCACAUUUAUUUGGUGUUGUA